CUUUAUUUUAUCACAUUUAUCAUUGAUAAAUGAGUCGCAAAAUGGUGGCAUAGCAUACCCAUUCUAUGUAGAGCCUUACUACAACUGGAUUCGAACUAUCUAGGUAUUGACUAUUCUGCAUGACAAAAUAAGUUAAUUUGUCAUGCUAUUCUGUAUUUCUGACUUCUGUGAGACUGUGACUGAAGUACUGAAUUACUAAUCUAACUAGUUGUAACUUGUACUAACUGAUUUAACCGAUGUGUUUCGGUCAUAAUAAUAUAAUUAAUAAUAACAAUUAACAAGUAAUAAUAGUACCUACCUAAGAUAAUUCUUCUGAAGAGAGUAGAAAUGUUGGAAACAGAAGACGUUUUUGAUGAUUGGUUUUUUAACUCUUUCAAAAGGUAUCAUAAACUGCAAAUGUUUGGUGUGGAUAAACCAAUAUUUUCAAUGGAACUGAGUUGUGAUUCCUCAGUGUGUUUAGCGUGUGAAAAACCUGGAGAAAAUGGUUUUGAAGUAUUGAAUUUGGAACUUCCAAAUAAGCUUUACCAAAUUGAAAAUGAACACGAUUCAAUAAGCACGAGUAGAGAUUUGAAAAUCAAAUGUGGCACUUUAACUGAUAAUCGAUUAAUUGAUAUGAAAACUCUCUUUGGAAAAUCUAAAACAAUUUUAUCUGAAGAAGGAGUUGGUAAAGUUUCAAUAUAUGAUAUGGAUCCCCACAAAUCAGAUCAAAUGAUUCCAUUGGUGAAUAUUGAUAACAAAGUGGAGAAUGCACAUUUAGCUGUUGAUUGUACAACUGAUACCUUAAUAAUAUGGGGAAAAGAAAAUUCUUGUCAUACAGGUUGUGUAUUUAACAUGGGAAACAAUACGAAAACACUCAUGAUCAGAGAUGUGACCAACGACCCAGAAUGCAUUUAUACACCUCAUUUCAUUUCUAAAAAUGAAUUGGUUGUUCAAAAUUCAGAAAAUGGAUCAUUUGAUCUGUAUGAUUUAACUAGUGGUCAGCAUGUGAAAAAUAUUCAUUUACCUGAGGCUGAUAGUUAUGCAAAAUGGUUUUUAAACACUGCAUAUACAAGUUCUAAAGAAACAACCACAUUAAAUUUAACAUUAAUUUCUAAUUCUGGAACUUUACUUACAUAUGAUUUGAGAAAUUGUAAGACUCCAACAAUGUAUCAAAGGGAAUUGUUUCCAAAAUGUAAUAACAAUAUAAACAUUAGCCUUGACCCUACUAAUCCACAAAAUUAUGCUGUUAGUGGAUUUGAUGGUAAUGUGUAUAUAAUAGAAGUAUCUGAUUGUAAUACCAACUUGAAACACAAGUUUAAACAUGAAGGACAUAUGUUCACUGAAGAUGAAGAUUUAUGUCAAAAUACAGUUACAAGUAGUACAUUAUGGCUACCAAUGUGUGGACGUGACACACUGUUAUCGACUGCAAUUGAUGGAUCAAUUCAAGGAUGGCAAUAUAUUUCAUAAAAAAAAAUAACAAUAAUAAUUACAUUUUAAUGUUGUACAAAAAGUCUGAUAUAAUUAAAUAUUCUAUUAAUAAU